GCCGAAGGUUUAAAGGGACCCCCGCCCCCUCUCCAUCGGCUGCUGCUUUGGUUCGCGUCUGGGAUGGCGACGAGAGCAGCAGCGGCGGCGGCCAUGAGCGGAUUCGGCGCUGGGGCGUCCUCACUCCAGAGAGGAGGCGGCGGCAGCAGCAGCAGCAGCGGCGGAGAAACGCUGGAAAAAAUCGACAUGUCUCUGGUUUCCUUUCCUCCCCAGGUACAAGCACAAGUCCAUCCAGAAGGUGACUACGGAAACCAGGGAAACAAACGGACUCGCCCAUGGCGAACGUCUACCCGAACCGGAGGGAUUUUGACUAUUUCCAUUGACAAUCCUGGUGCUGUUCUCUCUCCAAUCUCUUUGAAACCAAGACUCACCAGCAAUCUCAUACCCCCCUUUCUCCUGAAGAAGGAACCAUCGGAAGAGAAGAAGGUCCCCAAAGGUGUCCCUCUGCAAUUUGACAUCAACAGUGUCGGGAAGCAGACCAGCAUGACCCUCAACGAGCGCUUCGGGAUCCUGAAAGAACAAAGGACAGCUCUCGCUCAGAAUAAGGGCAGCCGUUUUGUGACGGUGGCCUAGAAGAGGCCCUGCUCCCCUUGGAAGGAGCCGGAGAGACUGUGGUCCGGAAGUCAUGGGAGACAUUGGAGACUUUUGUGUCAAAAGAUCCCGAAGGAGCCGAACCCUUUUCCCCUUCAUUUAACUACCCUUCCUCUAUACCGGGAUGUCCAGCCUUGAUGGCUUUUAAGACUCAGUGGACUUCAAUCCCCAGAAUUCCCCAGCCAGCCGCGGGAGUUGACGUCCGCACCUCUUAAAAAGUGGCCAAGGUUGGGCACCUUCUGCUUGAACUAGUUAAGACCAGACGUCUCCAAACUUGGCCACUAUAGGCCCUGUGGACUUCAACUCCCAGAAUCCCCCAGCCAACCGUGCCUGUUUCUUUUUUCUCUUAACCUCCUAAAGCGGAGAGAGAGAUUUGCAGAGGAAGGGAUCGCAAGAGAGGAAGCACUGCUGGCUGGGGAGAAUUAUGGGAAUUGAAGUCCACAAGUCUUAAAGUGGCCAAGUUUGGGGACCCCUGAGAUACACCAUCAACCCAUCCCUUUCAUCUAUGCCGAUAUAACAAGGAAACACAGCACGCUUUUGGUUUAUUUACUUAAAUAGGCACUUCGCCCUGGAUUUGGGAAGGUCCAAUUCACCCCUGCAAGAAGGGGACAUCCCUAUUUACUUUUUGUUGUUGUUGUGGUUGUUUUUGAAAAUGCCAGUAGGUGUCGAUGCUCCACCCUGCAAAGAUGAAAAAAAAAAUAUAUUUUUCUUUCUUCAUGCAAAAAAUCAUAUACAGUGGCCCUCCUGGUCCGAUUUAGUUUUAGUUUUGGCCACAGGCCUCCCAGGGAAGGUCAGUUUCUGCUCUUCUUUCGUUGGCUGUUUCAUCUGAACGGCUUGCGCGUCCCGUUUUCUUCUAGUUCACACACACAUCCCCCAAAUCGGAAGCAAUUGGGGCAGAGGGGGGGAGGUGGAAUAAUUGCCGUGAUGGUCAAUUGGGCAGGUCUCCAUCAAGACCUCCCCGGCGAUAAUUGGCACGGAUCCGGUCCGUAGGCUUGCGAAACAAAAAACAAAAAAAUAACGAACGACGUGUGAGUAUCUUUGUAGUAAAACCUGCCACCACAACUCGAGUUCAGUUUUAUCCUUCGGUCACAAAGGGAGCCGCUUGGUUUUCUUCACUGAAAUUAACCUGGUUUCAUUUAACACCCCACUUUCCCCUUUUCUGAGUUCUGUUGAAGAUUGCUUUGUUGUGUAGUGAGAAACGCGCACUUUGUGACUCCUCUACUUAGCGGUAAGUUCCACCGAGGGACCUUCCUGUCGUGUCAAGGGAUCAGAAGUGGUGGAGUCAACAUCUCAGCAUACACACACACACACACCAAGCCCUCUGCAUGUCUGAUUAAUUUUGACUUCCAACCAGCGGAUAUUUGGAACCCUAAGAGGAAUAAUGGAAUUGCCUGUGAAAACAUCCUGAAUUUCUGGAGGUUCAUCCAUCCAUAAGAGGACCCUAAUUCGUAGGCCUAGGGUCAGAGGUUACAGUGAAAAUUUCAUUUUCUUGUGGUUUUCAAAGCAAAGAAGAUUUGGGUAAUCCUUAGAGCAUUUUUUUUAAAUUAAAAACUAUGGCCCAUGAUGAUUAAUGUUCUUUUGUUUCUAAUUUUUUUUUUU